GGACAGGGCUGGCGCUGGUGAUAUCUGGCACGAUGUCACAAUGGAGGACGCGAAGUCGAAACUUGGGACAAACGAGGCUGACUCAUGGACUAGUGGUUGGGGCCCGGAUGAAUUGGCACCUCCGUCAAAUCCACAGGAUCCUGGUAUAAGACCACCUCACCCCAGACCAAAACUCCCUUACACUCGUCGAAUAGAGGGCCUGAUUAAUCCGGAGCAACGAGCGGUUCUUCAAGACAUCGAACCCCCUUCGGACCACAAGCCGAUUGCGAAUCUAGCGCACGGCCUUGACCGAGUACUUUUUAACCCAGGUGUCCACUGGUUGCGUGACCCUCGCUCAAGAGUCUACAACUUCACACCUUGGCUAGAGGAGAUACCUGAAGUCACUGAGUUUGCAUUCGAGCGUUUGACGGGCUUCAUUCGUAGUUCUCGCGACGAGGAUCUCUGGUCAUUGGCGAAAGCACACGACAAGACAUUCGCAGGCUCAACAUCGUCAUUGACAGGCUUGCUGAGCCAUAUCUACUUCCUCAUCUCGCAGGACCGAGACGUGGACCUUAGAUCCCUUUCGACGCAUUUUGCCAAUGAGCCCGCGAACUUCACCCCUGGCCAGCGUAUGCCCGUAUCCUUGGUUUUUCACCACAAGGACGGACGAUAUGCUAUUGACAGCGAUGAAACCGUCAAAGGGAGCUCGGAGAAGAACAUACUGACGUGGAUGGGAACAUUGUUGGAGAACUUUCUCACCAAAUCCCCCGAGGAUUUCAGCAAGCUACUACGAUCGAAUCACGUUGCACCGGAGGAGGUUGAUGAUCGGCGCGAAGCUUACCGAUAUGCGAAGUCCUCCACUUUUGUCAUGCGCUCCCAGCUGGAUUGUCAAGAUCGCCGAUUACCUGGAACGGGUGUCUUCGAUAUCAAGACAAGAGCAGCACUCCCCAUCCGUUUGGAUAUCAUGAACUACGAGGAAAAUUCGGGGUACCUGAUUAGGACAGCACAAGGACGACUUGAGAGCUUCGAGAAGGAAUACUACGAUCUCAUUCGCUCUGCCUUCCUCAAAUAUAGCUUCCAGGUUCGCAUCGGCAACAUGGACGGUGCCAUUGUCGCCUUUCACAACACGGCCCGCAUAUUCGGCUUCCAAUAUAUCCCCCUAGAAGAAAUGGAUGAACGCCUGUUUGGAGCGUCCGAUCGGGGAGACCGGAUCUUUGAUAAGUGCGUGAGCUUGCUUGAGGUCGUGGCGGCGGAGAUCGUCGCGCAAUAUCCUGGUCAGUCGAUCCGCUGCAUGGUGGAAAAGCUUGAUCGGAACCCUGAGAUGAACGUGUGGGUGCAGCCCGCUGACUCUACGGAUGAGAAUGAUAUUGUGCAACUGGAUGUCACCGUCAAGAACUACGUUGAUGACCAGGAGGUCAGCGGAGCUCGUGCCGUUGAGGCCACGGACGCUGAAUGGACCGUCCAUUGGGCCAUUUCGAAAUCCUCGCUCUCUCCAGCUGAGAUCCGUGCGAACCUCAACUAUGCUAAGGACAGGCAAUUCCGCGCUUGGGCGCUUCCUUCGGGACUUAGCGUCGAGCAGAUGGAAGAGCGAUGGAACUCUAUGAAUUUUGGCGGGUCCUCCUCAGAAGGAUCUUCUCCUUUCGACCCUCGAUUGUUCUACCGAGCGCCGUUUCAGACUCGGAUGCUUCGCCAGCUAGCUCGUGAGGGCAGAAAUGAUACUGAAGCCUGGCAGGAGGCGGAACGCGGUUUGCCAAAGAUCAUCUGGGGAAAACCGGACGAGGUCAGGCCAGAGGAAUUGGAUGGUGAAGAGGGCUCUGUUCAACCCGCCGCUGAAGCUGAGGAACAAGUGGACGUGGAAGGGCUCCUCGGAGACGAUCUCCUUCCCGCAACCACCGUUGAACGGGCUGACUCUAUACCUCCGAACGAGCAAUCUGAGGAUCCGGCGGACGAUAGAGAGGCUUUCUUGGACCCCUCCGUUGUUGCCAAUCUGGAACAUGCUGCAUCGUUGCACCGCCCUCACCUGCAUCCGGAUGCGCUCCUCGAGGACGUAGAUUCGUCAGCCCCGUCCGUCUCGGUAGACGAAGUUGACAAUAAUUCCUCUGGCUCCGUCACCCCUUCGACUUACGAGAGUCGCGCGCCGACUUACGAUAUGCACUCCCUGGGCACAGCGCCUACGCUGGGCAUGGAAGCGGAUCUCAUUCAAGCCGUUAAUUCUCACCUCGCCAGCCUCAGAAAUGAAUCCGCCGCGGCUUCUCCGCCAGCUGCAGAGUCGCCUUCUGAUGAACCUAUAACGGAAGCCCGAGAACGGCUCAGUGCCGAAGACCCGACGCCUGGACCCACAGAAGAGAAUGUCGAUUCACGGAAAUCGUCUUCACCAUAGUCUGCGAUUGUUAUGCUCAUUAAUCUACUUUAAAGCCGACGUUAAUCGUUGCUUCUUUCCUUUUAGUGGCAUUGUAACC